AACGCUACCCGCAGUGCAAACUUCGGACGUAAGAUUACCUGCUGAACUACGUCGUAUUAUACACCUCCUCCGACCGACCAUCUUGAUAUUUCAUGGGAAGAGAAAUUAGCAGCGGCGGACAAAAAUCCUCCUCUUCGUCGUCGGCGGGGAUGUCGUACACGGUGGAGCAGCUCGUCGCCGUCAAUCCUUACAACCCUGACAUUCUCCCCGAUCUCGAAAACUUCGUCAAUGAGCAGGUAUCUUCCCAAACGUACAACUUGGAUGCUAACCUCUGCCUUCUCCGCCUCUAUCAGUUUGAGCCGGAGCGAAUGAGUACUCAGAUUGUUGCUCGCAUUUUGGUUAAGGCACUUAUGGCAAUGCCUGCUCCUGAUUUCAGCCUUUGUCUCUUCUUAAUUCCUGAGCGAGUGCAAAUGGAGGAACAGUUCAAGACGUUAAUUGUGCUUUCGCACUAUUUGGAGACUGCAAGAUUCCGUCAGUUCUGGGAUGAAGCUGCUAAGAGUCGGCAUUUGUUAGAAGUUGUGCCAGGUUUUGAACAAGCAAUUCAAGCAUAUGCAAUUCAUGUCCUCUCCUUGACUUACCAAAAAGUUCCAAGAUCUGUCCUUGCUGAGGCCAUCAACAUAGAAGGUCUGUCUUUGGACAAGUUUGUUGAGCACCAUGCAGCAAACUCUGGUUGGGUUGUAGAGAAGGGCCAUGGUAAGAGCCAACUCAUUACACUUCCAAGCAAUGAGUUCAGCCGUCCAGAGCUUAAGAAAAAUACUGCAGAUGGUGUACCAUUCGAGCAUGUCGCCCGUAUCUUCCCCAUUCUUGGCUAAGUAUUACAGUUCAAUGGGAAGGAAAAUAUCUCAAAAAUGUUGUUUGUUCUAACGGAAUUCUGGUGAUUAAGAUGAAAUGAGUUGUAAAAACAGUUUUGCCCUAUAUUUUAGAUGCUUGAAUUCUUCUUUUGGAGAAAUUUUUAGCUGUUGCUACAUUUCGAACAUUGGUUAAUAAUCUUUAGGGUCUCUUUUUUA